AUACAGUGGUAUACCGUAUACCCGGAUUGAAUUAGUGGGGAAAAUGCGUUUUUCAUUUUUUCAUUCACUAACGAGCCAAAUGUUUGUUUGUAGAUGGGCCAGAUGAAAGCCAAUUUUAUUGUUGUAGCUUUGUUGCUGCUAUCGUUGCAAUCAAUAUUAUUCGACCAAUCGAGAGCUGAUGAAAAUUCCAUUGAAAUUGAGGAUAAUUUAGAUCAAUCAAUAUUGCUCAACCAGGAUGACAAAUAUCGACCACAACAACAACAGCGAAAAGAAGAAAAAGAACGAUCCAUUCGAAUCGCAAUCAUUGGUGGCGGAGUUGGUGGUACGGCUGCAGCAUAUUUCCUCGAUGAACUGCUCUCGAAACAACAACACGAGAUAACUAUUUAUGAAAAAAAUUAUCGUCUUGGUGGCCGCUUGCAUACAGUCAAUGUUGAUCGAGAUCAUUACGAAGCUGGUGGUUCAAUCAUUCAUGAACGCAAUCAAUAUGUUGCCCAUUUGAUGGCCAAAUUCGGUCUGAAACGACGAGAAAUUGGAUCGGAUGAUGAUCGUUUAUGCAUUUUCAAUGGCGAACGAUUUGUAUUCUGUGAAAGUUCGUGGGAAAUCAUAACAAUGAUUCGAUUAUUUCGCUCAUAUGGUUUGGAUCUAAUUCGCCUGCAAAAAGAAGUAAACAAAGUGAUUGAUUAUUUCGAAAGGAUUUAUCAAUUGCAAAAUGAACAUUAUGCUUAUGAGCAAUUGAGUGAUCUACUGACGGCAAUGGAUUCGUUGAUCUAUAAUUUGACACGAACAUCAUAUAAACAUCUUCUGCAAUCUGAAUAUCGAUUAUCGGACGAAUUUAUCGAACAAAUAGUACAAUCAAUAACAUUGGUCAAUUAUGGCCAAACUAUAUCGAUACCGGCAUUGGUUGGUUUGGUUUCAUUUGCUGGAGCCGGUAGUCAACUGUAUUCGAUUGAAGGUGGUAAUAAACUGUUGCCACUGCAUUUGGCACAUUUUUCCAAAGCUCGAUUGUUGCUCAACACCGAAGUGAUGAAUAUCAAUUAUUUGGGAGAUCAUCGAUAUCAAAUCGAUUCUAAACGAACCGAUUCGUUGACCAAUCGAUCCGAUAUCUAUGAUUAUGUGGUGAUUGCCACACCAUUGUCAAGUCAAACUAAUUCGAUUCGAUUUAAUAAUCUGACCAAACGAAAUGAAUUGAUCAAUGAUAUAUUCAAUAAGUAUCAUAUGCAUCGAACAGUGGCCACAUUUGUCAAAGGACAAGUGUUGGACAAAUAUAAAGAUCUUUCCAUAUUAAGCUGUGAUAUUGAUGGCCAACAUGGUGGAUCGUUUUUCACUUCGUUAUCCAAAUUGAUGCCCGUUCAUAAUGUGGGACCACGACGAUCGAAUAACAAGGAUAAUGAGCAACCACAACAAUCCUCUGAAAGCAAUGUCCACAAGGUGUUUAGCAAUCGACGAUUAGAUCAUCAUGAACUAUAUGCUUUGUUCGAUCAAAUCGACGAUAUUCAGGAGAUUAAUUGGCUAGCAUACCCGGAUUAUCGUUCGGUUGGACAACCAUUACCACCGUUUCGUUUGCGUGCCGGCAUCUAUUAUUUGAAUGCAAUCGAAUGGGCGGCCAGUGCUAUCGAAAUGAGUUUGAUUGGUGCCAAAAAUGUUGCCCUAUUAAUAUGUCAUGAGCUCGAUGUUUGUCAUACGGCAAAAAAUCGAUCCGCUAAUCUUACUUCUACUUUGAUAACCGGUAAUCGGAUUGAACUGUGAAUAAUAAUUUUUCAACCAAAAAAAAGUCCUCUUCUAUGUGAACGGUCCAAUUGUGUUUGGAUUUGGCGAACCGUUUGAGUUGAAAUUGAUUUUCGAAUGCGGUUUUUCCGUUUGC